CACCUACGGACCCUUCAGCACCAAGCAGACUGUACCGGCUCGUUACGUCGUGCCAGACCCGAUUCCACUCAACACAACAGGAACGAGUAUAGAUCUUCAGGAAUUAGCUACGCACCAUUUGGAUAUGUCCGCUCAUAUUGUGCGUAGCGAAAUCCCACGCGAUUCCCCAGUGCUUAGGGUUCUCUUCCAUACCGGAACCGAUUCCGGAAGUCGCCGCCAUAUAUUGCUGACUAGGCACCACCAAGUCUGCAUCGUUCUGCACGCCACCAUGACCUCAUAUCCAUCACUAUCAGCUGCCUGCAGCCCCGACGGCGAAGACGGAGUGUGCCUCGCCCAAAUAACAAUCCCUUCAAACUGGUGGCCACCGCUGCCAACCCCUGACAAGGAUGGACGUCUCGGAAAGAUCACGAAAACUCCACCUAAACUCGUACAGGUUGCAUAUUCUGUGCAAGAACCGAGACCUGACGAGGAUGGAUGUCAGCCGCAAAUGCAAUUGCAACCGUCGACUGUGUUGGGUCUGGUUCCUCUGGUUCCUGCGAGAGCAGCCUACAAGGAACUCCAGUUGAUCGACGCCCUUCGCAUUCUUGUGCCGCAUCCUCCGCUGUUUCCGCUCUCGCAGAUGCACAUCCCCGUCUUCCUCGAACGCGAGAAGUCCAAAUCCAUUUCCGCCGUUGUCAUAAGGGGGAAAGUUAAAAGCGGUGUCAGGUUGUUAGGAGCGACUGCGAGUGAUCCGUCUUCGUGGAACAUCACCGUAGAGAUGAAUCCUAGGCACACGGGAGCCAUGGUUACGGCGAUGCGUAAGGAACCUCUGGAGCCGCCAUCCCAGGACGCUCCAUCGACUACGUCCUCGCAGGGAGAGGUUUUCGAGCUUUUCACAUGGUUGGUGGAAAUCACCGAAGACGCGGCCGAACCGUACGAGGAUGCGAAAAUCGUCUGGUCAGCGAGAUACGAACCACAUCAGGAUGAGUCUGCAGGAGGAGGAGCAGCAGGUGGAACCAACGAGCCCCACAGGAUGGGCGGCACCAAAUCCGCAACCAGACUGGACAUACAAAAGGAUGACAUCCAAGCCGUAGUACCAAUUAGCAAAAAUUGGGAGGUACUAAAUACUGCAGUCCUGACGGGUCGCCAAGUGUCCCAAGCGAUGAAAGUAUUCAUUGUGUCUCAGGCAGGUAAAGCUGCCGACGUCACGUUCCAAGCCUCCUGUCACUCCGAGGACGACAGCGUCCUAAAGAUAUCAUCCUCUUGCAGUUCUGUGUAUGUGGAUGGUAGCGAGGCCAGAGGAUCAGUGAAUGGUUCGGUGCUUGUGAAAUAUGGUACUUAUACCGGUCUGGCGCGUUUCACGGUCUGGAUGCCGGAGUUCCCUUUGGAUCUCCAGGUGCCGGACACUAGGCUCUCCCAGUUGAAGUCUUGGAAGGUUCCCGAUUACCAACCGAGCAGUGUAAAGGCGCGCCGCAGGAAACGAUCGUACGGCUCGAGCUUCAGGACGGGAUCGAUCCCAGACGAUAUGGGUAACAUCGUCGAUAGACCGAACUGCCGUCUUCGGUAUCAGCAAAGCUCCGUCGAUGUAUAUGCUCAUUUCAUGGCAAGCGAUCACGAUUCCGGCAGGACGUCCUACCUAAUCAACCGCAGGACCUGGCUUAGGGUCACAGAUCUGGUGUUACCGCUACUUAGGGUUUCCGACCCGCGGAUUGCGAGUCUCCAUGGGAGGGUGUUACAGGGCAGAAGCGUCGGUCGAACGGAAGUACAGGUUUUAUCGCCGAUAACGGGUCGCGUGAUCGGCGCCAAAGAGGUGAGGGUGGGUAACGAUAAGGUCGGAUUAUCCAGGCUCUCGGUGCAGGUCGUUUCCGGUUUGCAAUUGAACAUUUCACCUGACAGCUCCAUCGAGAACGGUUAUGUGGCGGAAACCAGCGUCACCCGUAAAUUGACAGCCCAAUAUCAGGAGGGCUUGUUGGAUAUCGAGCUGGAGUUUUCGGAUGGAAGCAAAACGCCUCUUAGGGAAGUGGUGGAUACCGAUUACCAUUUGGUGGUGGAGAGCUUAGACCCUGAGGUCGUUGCAUUCGCCCCGAUGGUCGCAUCGCACCAUCCGAGGGUGAUUGCUGUGGGCGAAGGAAGCGGAGAUCUCCUUCAAGUUACCCUAAUGCUCUCCGAAGAAUGCAGAGCCGCCGCUAGAUCUAAGUCUAAAGGAGGACCUUUAGCGAUGGCUUCCGCCUCCGUGGUCGUGGAUUUCAGCAGUUCCGACAUUCCACAUCGACCGGACAUCCUGCAGAACGACGGAGGUUCUUUCAGCGGCGGCAAGGGACGCGAGUUUUCCGAUUUACAGGAUAUCCUGAAAGACGAUGGCAGGAUCGAGCCGAACGUUCAGGCAAGACAAUACCAGGGAACUAAGGGCUCUUCGAGACACCAGCCGGCAAUGCUCAUGACUCCUUUAGAAAUCAGCAUGUACGUUUUGUUGGCAGCGUUUUGCUUCGCCAUUGUGGUAUUUGUGGUGUCCUGUGUAGUCUACGCUUCGAAAUUUAAGCCCUCCGACGUGGCGAUCGAGGGAUUAAAAGCUACUCCAAUUAGCACCGCCGGCGUCGGUUUCAAUCAGCGGAAGCCCCGUGAGACCACAACUAAUGCCCACGAUUGGGUCUGGUUAGGUAUGAAAGAAAGUCGCGCCACUCUGGAACCAUCGUCCAACCGAAAUUCUGCGGUCAUUAAUAAUAACACGAACGAAAUGCGCAUCACCACGAAUCCUCUGAACAUGAAUUAUUGCGAUCCGGACGAUUGCGUCGCCACCAGUUUCAGCAAUCCCACUCACAUAGAACUACCGAGCAAACCAGCGGAGAGCAGGAUUGUAGACAGCAGCACGUACUGCAAGAGCAAAGCCGGUGGUCGGACCACCUCAGUCAGCGUUGACAUUACCGGCAUUGAAACAGCCGACGACGAAUUGGAAGUGUGCUUGGGAAAUUCUCCAAUUCAUAUGCAACAACUUCCUAGGAACAAACCGACUCCACCUCCGCCAUUACCACCGCACGGUCUACCAUCUCCUGACAUUAGCAUGGCCGAAGAAUACAAACCUCCGGUUCCACCGCAUCGCAACAUUGGUGUUACCACCGCCCAGAACGACGGAUCUCCGAGGAAGCAUCACCAUCAUCAUCACCACAGGAACAGCAAACAAGUCAAAGAAUCACCCAAGAUCAUCGCCGAGGAUAUAAUCGAUUCAAAUCAGCGUAGCGUCUUCGAGUUCGACGAUGAACCGGCGCAUCCACCAAGGAACAACACGCCUUCCGACGGGGUGGUUUUCAGGCAGAAACCUGUUUCCGACGAUGAUGUGAUCCAGUUCGUGCAAUACCCAAAAUCUCCUACCAAUGGAAACAAUCGCAACAGCGCCGAAGUUAAGCGCGCCACAAUAGUCGGUAAUCCGAUGUUCAGCGCUGACGAUAAUCAAGGAGAAGAGACCGCAGCCGACAUUGCCGGAUUGGAUGGUCUCCAAUUAGAUAUGGAUUACGAUCAAAUCAUGCAUUACUUUGAUAAUCUAAAGGAAUCAAAUGCCUGAGUAGAAGAGAUCAUUGCAAAGAUCCGAAGCAUUCUGUUAUCGUUCAGUAAGCAAUAUCGUAUGAAUGCUCUGAACGGUAACACCUCCACGAUGCAAGCGCACUUCGAAGAGCAAGAGGAAGAUGACGUUGUGGACGAAGAGGCGAACAUAAACCGCCGUUUCGACUACUUCUUCGACUACCUCAGCGAGUCUUACGCCUAAGACGCGUAAACACUCAAGACGGACACAUAGCCAAGUCAAUUAAUGAUCGGAAAGACGCUUCAAUGCCUUCAACAAAAUAAUAUCAAUGAAUGAACUAACAAUUAACAGUAAUAAUUAACCGAUGAAAAAAGCAGUAAAAACAGCAGCAAACUAAAACUAUAUACAUAUAUA